AUUGUCCCUUCAAAUGAGUUACUUCUAACUUUGUACCAACGUCUAACCCCUCCUAAAUGAGAGUAAUAGAUGCUGAAGGUGACGAACAAUUUUAACAUUUUGUAUUAUGUGCUUGUUUUGUAUUUAUUUAUUUCUGAGUGGCCAUAAAACCUCAUUCUCGUAGCCGCUAGAAAAAUACUCAUCAGAAUGACCAGCUCUAACUCUGAUGAUCGCAAUAUUUUCGUCUCGCCGUUUUUGAAUUUUGACCCAUCUAUUUUGGUCUCGAAUCCCGAAGAGCAGUUCAUCUUUCCCGAAGGGGAGAAACGUCGAGGUCGCUUUGAGCGAUCGUUUUCCGAAAUCGGAGCUAUGGUUAUUGGGGGUGCAUCUGUUGGGGGGAUCAAAGGAUUAUACAGCGGUUUUAAAGAUUCAGAAAUAAAGAAUCUUCCGACACUUGCUAUCAGACGAACUCAAAUGCUGAAUCAUCUUACUAAAUCCGGAGCAACACUUGCUCAGACUGCAGGUUCGAUAGGGUUUAUAUAUGCUGUGGCAGAUUUCUUGAUCUACAAAUUACGUGGUAAUGCAGAAGAUGAGAUAAAUACAAUGGCAGCAGCUACGACUACCGGUUUAGUAUAUACUUCUCCUGGUAAGCGAAUUAGUAAUUUUUUCUGAAACAAUCUUGCUGAUAGGUGCUUUUUAUACGUCACUUGCUUUAUUUGGUCAUUUUCAUCGUACCACAGCGACGUCUGCGAUAACAUUCUAACCCUUAUUGUUUCUGGGAAAAUAACAUCACAUUAAAUUCGGAGCACCACUCGUUGUAGUUGUAACACUAACUCUAGAAGUCACCAGCGAAUUCAGCUGAUAGUUUGCAACUAGUUAUUAAAUCCCCAAUUAUGGCGUUCUAACCAGCUGACAUAAAAUUGAGAACAAUGACCCAUUUCAUCCAGGUUCUCUUGUUCUGAAACACCAUGCUAACAAACAUUAUAGUAGAUAUGUAUAUAACUAUACCUUGUUUGUUUAGUGCAUAAUCAAGAAAUUGCGUCAUUCAACUAUUAUUGUCCUCUUCAGUUGAAUACAUUGACGACAUUCCGUUUAUUUACAGACAUUUUGUAAGAAAUUGAAAGUGCGUUUCUUACAACGAAAUUUUAGGAAAUAACUUUUACUUCAAACUAUAAGCUGCCAAGAUUUGUUGAAACCACACCAGAUCAGAUGUGAAAGUUCAGACAAAACAUGUUGUCAGUGAAACGUAUUUAUCUAAUAGUUUCAACACCAACCAUUUUGUAAUUGAGUUGUUUUCCUUCUUAAAAUUAUGUGUAACCGUUUUCAACCUAUCUUCUUAGGACCCAGCAGUUUCCACUAAUUUACAGGCUCGCAUCAGAGCUUGUAUUAUGUAAGCAUACCAUGUAAUCACAAUAAUUCGAAAAUGUUCACGUAAUACAUUAGUUUCAUGUGGUACGUAUCAGAACAUUACGAAGGAAAUGAUCCGAAAUUGACCCUAAAUUAAGAAAUAAGUCUAGAAGGAAAGAUACAAAAAGGUCAUGUAACGCUUACAAUUCUGAAGAUAGAAUAAACGAACUUAUGGGGGAUUUCGAACUAAACCAGACCACAAUUUAUAACCACUUGAUCGUCUAAAUUUGGGGAUCUCAUCAACAACUGUUACAUUCCUUUACCACCCAAAUGGUAGUUGGGUAGUUUUGUGUUGUAAUGUCAUUUGUCUUAUUUACGAACCCAAUCAUCUACUUGAGCGUGAAAACCAAGAGUCAGUAGGAAGCUUUUAUUAACCAACCCGAAUCAAUAUAAAUACACAAACUCAGUCAUUAAUGUAUGUAUGGCCCUCUGUUUGUUAAAUCAGAUUUUCGAUCGAUAGCAUCUGUCUCCAUCGGUUAAUUAAACCAAAUCUUGACAAGUGGCAUGAACCCGUCGAAAUUUUCCACUUAUCAUUUGCCAUUAAAAUCACAUAUUUUUUUGACUUAGUCUAUCACUUGUACUUCCUUGCUUUCUAAACUGAAAUAAGCGGAACGACUUUCGGAUCUGUGACCAAGUUGAAUACUUUAAACACUAAACCAGUAACCUCGUGCUACUUUAUUCUUCACAGUUAUGGCAAAUAUUAAUCGUAUGCUAAGAGAAAAGUAUCGUCACUUUCCGAAAUUUCAUAUCUGUUUUCUUAAUAAGUUUUAGUGUGUCAGAUUAAACUGUUUGAAUAUUUCCUCUGCAUCUGCCCUUUUAAUCUUUCCGCGUUAUUAGAAAGGCAGAAUUGUAGAUUGUGAUAAGUAGUAAUUUUAGAAAACAUUUAAAAACAGAUGUGAUCGUUUUCAGAACUAAAUUAAUUCUCUUUAAACCACUAGGAAUGUUUAAACCAGGUGGUUGGAAACGUUGCGGCUUUGGUGGGGUUGCUGGGUUUGCUGUUGGUGCGAUCGCUGUUACUGUUACAAGCUGGUCCAGAAUAAAACAUAUGCUUGGCGGAUAAGUGACACUAACGUAAUUUUAAUUAUGUACAUUGACAUUUUAUCUAGUACCCGAAAAAAUUACUUUUUAAAUAUAUCUUGAAUUGUUAUCCUUGUUCUCAAUAAUGAUAUUUAUAAGAAAUACAAUAUUGUUUUGACC